GUGAUGAAUUCAACAGAGUUGCACUUGAAUAUUUGUUUGUUGCGUUAAUAUUAAUUGCACACUUUUGUGGAACUGUAUUGGUGCUGCCAUACAUAAAUAAAGGUCACAGGUUACCUAACUAGCACAAUAACCAUUGUAAAUCGAAAUGUCUUUGCAUCGAAAGAGAAAGUUGGAAGAUGCGACGGACGACUAUAGUGCAGGGAUUGAGGCAGAAAUGUCAAAGUUUGAAACCUCUUCGAAUAAGCGACAUACAAUCGACUCGGACGAAGAAGAUGCCGACGAGGAAGAAUACAACCGGAAAAAAUAUCAGGUCAUGGAUGAGGAAGACAUUGAAGGACAAGAAUCGUCCACUAUAGAAUUUGAUGGUGAAACCAAAAUCACCCCAUUUAAUAUGAAGGACGAGCUGGAAGAGGGGUACUUUGACGCUCAAGGAACUUAUAUUUGGAACAAAGGAGACGGUUCAGAGGUUAAGGACAGUUGGCUGGAUUCCAUUGACUGGGUUAAAGUUAAGCGUCCCGAGAAGCCUGAUGGUGAAUCUACCAACGAUAGCGAUGAUAUUUCAAAGCAAGAUGAAAAAGUGGAUGUUUUGGCCCUAUACAAGCAGUUGAUACAAUUUCUUGAAAAAGGGGAAUCUGUCCUGAAAGCAGUUAAACGGCUAGGUGGAAAUAAACAAUUGUCUGCUUCUGAAAGGUUAAAGCAAAAGAAAAUGCAAAAAUUAGCAGCUGAAACUUCGACUCCACCCACAGCAGCCGCUUCUAGUGAAACCCCUGAAACUGUUGUACAGAUGACAGAUGUGGAGAAAGUCACCGAGAUUGCUAAUGCUAUACUUUCUGCCACGGGAAAUAUGGACAUUUACCAGGAAACGUUUGAAAGCAUACAAUUUAAAGUCAACCGUGAAGAAACGAAACCAAAACGUCAGCCUGCCGUACUGAAAGAAGAUGAUGGGUCGGACAUGUUUGGCGAUGACUUUGAAAUACCUCCUGAAGGAACUAAGAAUAAAUCCGAAUCAUCAUCUGCGUCGACAAAUGUGGCUGCUGGUGACGAGAAGGAGCGUAACAUUGACGAUGCGAGUGACGAAGUUAUGUGGGAGUUUAAGUGGGAAGACAAAGAAGACGCACCGAUUUAUGGACCACACUCAUCCUCGGAAAUGAGUGCUUGGGUUACAGGUGAUUUUUUCAAGGACGGCGUUUUUGUUCGGAAACAUAAGCAAACUGGUGGAUUCUAUUCUUCAAAGCGAAUCGACUUUGAUUUAUACUGCUAGAAAUCGAUUUGGGUGGUUGUUUGAUAUGCGAUAAGUGAAAAUAAUCAGUAUAGCUAGCAUAUUUCUGCAGUACAUUUAUUUAGAGUUUAUUAUUUACGUACGAAAAUCACCAUUUGUUUAAUAUCCAUUCAGUACUUAAUCUUAUUUUUAAUAUGUUCAAUAAUGCCUGGGAUAAUUUAAUUAAGAAUUUAUAGCUCUUUGUUUCACAGAAACCUUUUACUCUUUGUAAAAUGAACCAAUAAAACAAAUUAGAUUGAAUUAUACUGGUUAGAAUUGAAUUGGCCAAACAGAAACGAUUCGUAAUGUAGGAUUAAACUUAAAUCAAGCUAGUAAUUGUAUCUUCACACCAAUAAGCUGUGCAUGUCUACUCUACACAAUAACUACAUAUAUAUAUAUUUACGGGCACACAGAGAGAAAGCAUUAUAAAUAUCUCACAACGUAUAGCAUAAUUUUUGUAAUUAUGUAUUAUAUUAUAUUCGUAAUACUGUGUGUGGCGAUGGAAAGGAUCGUCUUCAUAUAUCUGUUUCAUUUUUCGUACAUUUAUCAUUCCGUAGCGGAAAAUAUUAUAAUAAAUUUAGAUAACAAUAAUAUGAGAAACCCUUCUUAUAAAUUUGACUGGCAUGAUUAAGUAAAUAAAAACAAAGUAUAUAUAAAUUC